CAUCUUGGCUCCGGACUCGGCACUCUUCGGCAAACAUCGUGGCAGCGCUCUAAUUGGCGGCCGUAACAGAGAAAGGAAGUAUUUAUUCCGCUCCGAGGUCUCAUUGGAAGAGAAAGUCGAAGAUAAUUUAGCGUAGUUUUAAUUCGCGAGUCGGCUGUCCUUCUGCUCGUCUUCUUCAGCUAAAUAUUAAACUCUGAACCGGGUGACCAUGUCCUUCAACAGAGGUCCAGCUUACGGAUUAUCCGCGGAGGUCAAAAACAAGAUUGCUCAGAAGUACGACGCUCAGAAGGAGGAGGAGCUCAGGAUCUGGAUCGAAGACAUCACCGGCUGCUCCAUCGGCCCCGACUUCCAGAAAGGCCUGAAGAAUGGCGUCAUCCUGUGCGAUCUCAUCAACAAACUUCAACCAGGAUCCGUGAAGAAGGUGAACCAGUCGCAGCUGAACUGGCAUCAGCUGGAGAAUCUGACCAACUUCAUCAAAGCCAUCACAGCCUACGGCCUGAAGCCCCACGACAUCUUCGAAGCCAACGACCUGUUUGAGAGCGGCAACAUGACGCAGGUCCAGACGACGCUGCUCGCCCUCGCCAGCAUGGCCAAGACCAAGGGCUGCCAGUCGCGGGUGGACAUCGGGGUGAAGUACGCUGACAAGCAGGAGAGGAUGUUCGACGACGAGAAGAUGAGGGCCGGACAGUGUGUCAUCGGCCUGCAGAUGGGGACCAACAAGUGUGCCAGUCAGAAAGGAAUGAACGCAUACGGCACCAAGAGACCCUUGUAUGACCCCAAGGUUCAGAUCCAGCCCCCCAUGGACAACACAACCAUCAGUCUGCAGAUGGGAACCAACAAGGGGGCGACUCAGUCUGGGAUGGGGGCUCUGGGGAGAAGGCGUGGCAUUUACGACAGUAAGAUGUGCACGGAGAAGUGCGACAACAGCACCAUGUCCCUCCAGAUGGGAUACACACAGGGAGCCAACCAGAGCGGCCAGAGCUUCGGCAAGCCGCGGCAGAUCUGCGACGCCACGUACUGUCCGAAACCUGGAGAGGUCUCAGGUGAGCCGAAUGGGGCCGGCGGCGUCCGCGACUACAUCCCAGAUUACCAAGACGAGGGUUACCAAGGCUACCAGGAAGAGGAGCAGGUGUACCACGAAGACGGGACAGAUUACUGAGAGGCGGGAGGGAGCUGAGGAAGGGAAAGGGAGAUGAGUAGAGGUGGCAUGUUCUGCAGGAACAACCCCAAAGCAGGCAGGUGGCGUAUUUUUAUAUCCAUAGGAUGUUACCGUUUGUUUUUAGGUCAUAUCCUUUUUGUUUUGUAUGAAUUAGUUUCCCUCUCCCGACUUGUGCAGAACCGUUGUUACACAUAUCAUGAUGAACUGUAUUUCUGUGAUUUUUCUAUUUAAAGUGACCACAGAAGCCAGUCGUCUGGCUCAGCCAGCUGUCUGUCGCAGGGAUCUUCUUAUUGUGCCAAAGCCCCGCUGUUCUCCAGGGCUGCUGUUGGUUCGUUUACUUGUCGUUGGUGAACUCAUUAGUUGCAUUAAGGGAGAUGCCCAGCUUCCUACAUGGGCUCAAUGAAACUAAACGGGAAACAUUAGGGACUUUUUAAAAGCGGUUUUUAGAAAUCAUGUGUUAUUUUGAUUAAAACCCACCCAUGGUUGUGUUUCUAUCAUCGCUGUAUCGUGUGUGUCGACAGCAGCUCCUGUGAAUGCUCAGAGUCCAGUAUCCUCCACGUCCCGUCAGUAUUCCUCAUCCACAUGCAGUCACACCUUCUCCUGUUCACACACAUGAAAGAAACCAAGUAGAUCUGUGCAGCCUUCGCCUUAAAUGUUGUAUUUUUUUCUUCCUUCUUUAAUGAAGGAAAUAUUUCCUUUUGUUUGCAUAACCAGUCCAACUGGAGACGGGUUUGUUGUCUUUGGACCAGGACGGUAGCGGGAGGGGGGCGGAUAGAAUAAAACUCAAGUGAAGUUUUGAACAUUCCAAGCAAGAAUACUGGAUUCUUUUUUUUUUUUUUCUCUCAGUGAAUUAUGUUUAAGUGAAUCAUUCUUAAAUAUUGGUUGUUUUACCAACGAUCAUACCAUCCUAUCUGAUCAUUCCGAUUAUUAUUUAUGCGUAUUUGUGAUUUGAAUGGGGGCUGUUUUGUACUUUGAAUAACAUUUGGUAUUGGACUACACUUUGUUCCUCUGGAAUCAUUUUUAUGCUGAUGAAAAAAAAAAAGUCUGAAUUGUUGUUGUGAGAAAAAUGUAAUAAAAACGUAUAUACAUGGUUUUUA